AAAGAAAAAAAAGGUAAUCCAGUGAACCCGCGAAUUUCAAUCACAAACUCCUAAAAACCCGCCAAAUGAUCACCAGGCAAGAAUAGAAAGACCCAACUAACUCUCAGAAUUUCAUGGAAAUUGGGGGUUAGGGUUUUCAUUAUUCUUACCAUUUCUCAAUCUGUCUCAACUUUCUGAAAAAAAAUCUGUUCUUUCUUUUUCAGAAUUUCUAGUUUUGUAAUGGAAGGGCAAAUUUUGAUUCCACCACCUCCUCCACCGGGAGGAGGAGGAGAAAGCAAGGAAAGAAAUUUAACAAAUGGAUCAUCAAAUGGAGGAGGGGGAGGAGGAGGAGGAGGAUUAUCAAAUGAAGAAAUUACUGUUGUUCAGGAAAUGAUUGAUUUGAUUGAAGCCGUUGGAUUAUACGGUGAUUAUCGAAGAUCACAGAGGAAAGAUUCGUAUAAUUUAGUUAGAAGAAUGAAACUAUUAAUACCACUUUUAGAAGAGAUUAAAGAGAUUGAAAAUCCAAUUCCUGAAGAUGCAUUGAAUUGUUUGAGUAAUUUGAAAAAAUCACUUGUUUGUGCUAAAAAAUUGCUCAAGACUUGUAAUGAAGGCAGCAAGAUUUACUUGGCAUUUGAUAGUGAAGGAAUAAUGGUGAGAUUUCAUGGGUGUUAUGAUAAAAUCAGCGUGGCUUUGGAUGAAAUUCCUUUUGAUGAGCUCAAUGUCUCGGAUGAAGUUAAGGAGCAGGUGGAGUUAAUGCGAACGCAGCUUAAAAGAGCAAAGAGACGGACGGAUACCCAAGAUAUAGAACUUGCAAUGGAUAUGAUGGUUGUGUUUUCAAAAAAGGACGAUCGAAAUGCAGACAGUGCUAUACUUGAAAGACUAGCAAAGAAGUUGGAGCUACAUACAUUGCCUGACUUGAGGGCGGAAACUGUAGCUGUCAGGAAACUAGUUAAGGAGAGGAAUGGGCAACAGGCUGAGAGUACUCAGCAGAUUAUAGAUCUUCUUGGUAAAUUUAAACAGGUUGCUGGACUUGAAGAAACAGAUGACGUCCUUGCUGAUGUUCCUAUGCCGAAAACUCUUGAGAAGUGCCAGUCUUUGGCAAUUCCUAACGAGUUCCUAUGCCCUAUCACAUUAGAAAUCAUGACAGAUCCCGUCAUUGUUGCAUCAGGACAGACUUACGAGAGGGAAAGCAUAAAUAAGUGGUUUGAGUCUAACCAUAGAACCUGCCCGGCGACAAGGCAGAAUCUGCCUCACUUAUCUGUAGCUCCAAAUUUUGCUCUUCGCAACCUAAUUCUUCAAUGGUGUGAGAAAAACAAUUUCCAACUGCCAAAAAAGGAGGCUAGUGCAGAUGUCGAAGAAACUACGUCUGAACAGCAGGAGGAAAUCGUUGCCUUGAUUCAAAAUCUUUCUUCCACGCAGCUGGAUGAGCAGAGACGCGCUGCAAAAAAGAUACGCAUGCUCUCGAAAGAGAACCCCGAGAACAGGGUUAUGAUUGCAAAUGCUGGAGGAAUCCCACCUCUGGUUCAACUCUUAUCUUAUCCAGACUCUAAGAUCCAAGAGCAUACUGUAACAGCUCUACUGAAUUUGUCACUUGAUGAUUCAAACAAGAGAACUAUAGCUACAGAAGGAGCAAUUCCAGCUAUAAUUGAAGUGUUGCAAAAUGGUAAAAUUGGAGCUAGAGAGAAUUCUGCAGCUUGUUUAUUCAGUUUGUCCAUGCUCGACGAGAAUAAAGUUGCAAUCGGCUCCAUGAAUGGAAUUCCACCCUUGGUAGAUCUAUUACAGCAUGGGACCAUCAGAGGUAAAAAAGAUGCUGCAACAGCGCUCUUUAACCUCUCUCUUAACCAAGUAAACAAGGCUAGGGCAAUCAAAGCAGGUGCUCUUAAACCGUUACUUCAGUUACUUGUAGAUAAGAACUUGGGCAUGGUUGACGAAGCUCUCUCCAUCUUGUUACUCCUCGUAUCACACCCAGAAGGCAGAAGUGCAAUUGGGCAGCUCUCCUUCAUUGAAACUCUAGUUGACUUCAUCAGAGAAGGAACUCCCAAGAACAAGGAAUGUGCAGUAUCCGUUCUGCUAGAGUUGGGAUUGAGUAAUUCAUCUUUUGUUUUGGCGGCACUUCAGUAUGGUGUAUAUGAGCACUUAAAUGAGCUUGCAAGGAGUGGAACAAACAGAGCUCAAAGAAAAGCAAAUUCUUUAUUACAGCAUAUGAGCAAGUGUGAACACAUUCCCUGACCUUUCGAGGCUCGGGGUUAUUAGUAGUAGAAAUCGAGUUUUGAGGGUCUACCAGCAACAACAGCAACAGCAGCAACAGGAAUACAACUAAUAUAAUUUUAUACCAAAAUGUGGUAACCUCAGUAUGUAUCCUUAGCUCCCGAUAUUGGAUGUUGAUAUCUGCCUUUAUCAAAAAACAAAGAAAAAUAUUGUAAUUUUGUUAUCAAGUUUUGGUUGCAAGUAAACUGAGUUCUUCGUGAAAAGAAAGUUGUUAAACGAGAUUUGUUCAUGACA